GCCUUUUGCGCAAAAAUUUAUAGAGGACUUAAGUGUUACUUCUAGUUUAUAAGAUACGUUGGGCUCUCUGCUAUAUCCACCAACAUCCUGCGCAUGAAAGCUCUUUGAACACACGACUUUCUGUAGCUAUCCACGUUAAACCCUAAUUCCACAACAAUAUUAAUAUACAUACAUACUGUAUUGAGUUUCACUAUAUAUUCAGAAAUUCAUGGGUUGCGCAUCUUCUCUUCCAGGUGGGAGUUCUGGGAGGUUGAGUGGACUUAACAAUUCUGAGAGCAAUGGAGUGCCUGAUGCCAAAAACCUACGAGUCAAGCUGGUAUUAUUAGGUGAUUCUGGUGUGGGUAAAAGCUGUAUUGUUCUUCGUUUUGUACGUGGGCAAUUUGAUCCAACAUCCAAGGUAACUAUUGGAGCUUCAUUUUUGUCACAGACAAUCGCUUUGCAAGAUUCUACAACAGUUAAAUUUGAAAUAUGGGACACUGCAGGACAAGAAAGAUAUGCUGCAUUGGCGCCACUAUACUACAGAGGUGCUGCAGUUGCAGUUAUUGUGUACGAUAUAACAAGCCCAGAGUCAUUCAACAAAGCGCAGUAUUGGGUUAAGGAACUACAGAAACACGGAAGCCCUGACAUAGUCCUUGCUUUAGUUGGGAACAAGGCUGAUCUUCAUGAGAAUCGAGAAGUACCUGUUCAAGAUGGUAUGGACUAUGCUGAGAAGAAUGGAAUGUUCUUUAUUGAGACUUCUGCCAAGACUGCAGACAACAUAAAUCAACUGUUUGAGGAAAUUGCUAAGCGACUUCCUCGUCCUUCACCAUCAUGAUUGCUGAAUUUUGCAACUGGAUCAAUUAAGAUGGCUUCUCUAAUGUUAUGGAAACCUACUUGCCUGUAUCAAAUUUGUGUAUAAGGUGAUAUCUGUAAUCUUUGCCCUAUUUUUGUGAUUUGGUUCUGAAAUUCUUAUUUGAGCUAUGAGAUCAUAGAUCACAUUUCAACUGUUGACAUAUAAGAUUAAUGAAGACAACUAUUUGAAGGGAUUCCUUGA